AUGAGCAGCCUCCAUCACGACGAGACGUAUCGCCUGCAGACGCGCGAGGACUUCGACUUCCCGCCGGAAGAGAAGGGGAUCGACUACCACGAGACGGUCGGGCAGACACCGCUGUGCACACUUCGGGGGCGGUCCUCCGGCAGAUCUUGGGAUCCCAUCUUUACUUUAGGUAUUUAUCGUCGUCUCGGAUGUUCUGAUCGCGAGGAGGCUUGUGGUCCUCGGCGUUUGGAGAGGGAACUUGCAUUAGGGGAAGGUGUACCUCGCGCCGUGGCUGUGGACCAGCAACUGAUGAGCAUAUCCCGUUCACGAGACAAGGAGAUGCUGACGGCGUUGCUGGCGGAUCAGGAUCCUUACGGUGACGUACCUCCAGCACUCGCACCCGACGGUACCGUAUUACAUAAGCUCGUAUUUGAUCGAACUACCGGCCAGAAGGAGGUAUGGCGCCUGGCGGAACAUGUAGACGAUUCCGUCACUCUCUCCUCUGCUUCGCUCGUCCGUCUCACUGUCAUUCGUGCUUUGCAAGACCUGGAGCUCUUGGGCCCCAUACUGGACGGGGAGCUUAGGAUCAGCGCUGGUUCUAGCACCAGCCGUGACAUCUACCUCCGCCAACUGGCAGCGAUCCGCGCCGUCCCCGACCAGCCUGUCGACCGCACACAUCACUUGACCCGAGUUUCUUCGCUCGAUGAACGCCUCGUACAGCCCCAAUGUUUCCACCGCGAGAGCGAUACGACCCUGCGUGUCAUACACGCUGGACGAAAGCUGAGCACUGAACUGAGAUAA